UCUUUAUGAAUGAAGGAUUUAUAAUUAAAAAAAAAAUAUUACAAAUCACACACCUUGCACCAAUUUUUAUUGACAUCAUGUGGCAUUAUGUGAGCCUUAGUAGAUUAGUAUGCCAGUACUGGAAUUGAGAAAUUUCUAUCGUAACAAAAUGUAUGUUGAUUUUUAAAUAAGCGAAUAAUUUCUAUUUCUGAACGGAUAAUCAGUUCGUACAUUAUGUGCUGUAAACGUCUUUUUCGAAGACAUAUUUAAAUUGGAUAAAGCAGUCAGCGUUUUAUGAUAGUGUCAGAAUGACAGUAUUAAGGAAUAAUUUUGGAAGAUGUAAUUGGCUUGGAAAAGUAAGUUUUUUUCUUGUGACAUUAUGGCUUGUGACUAUAUUUAUAUCAACAAAUUACAUUUUACAUCAUAAUUCGGGAGAGUAUGAAAAAGAUACCGAAAAUGGUGAAAGACUACGACAACUGUCUAAUAGUUUUCAGAUUUUAAAAAAGCAGAAUCUUAAAUUACUUGGCAUUAUUACAAGCAGUUCCAAUUCAAUGAAAAAAAAAAAAGACGACGAAAAUAUGCUCAUAGAAAAACUUAAUGAUCCUAUGUACCAUGAGCUGUCUAAACAAAAUAUUGCUUUUGAGAGGUACAAUGAGCCUUCUCUGAUGUAUGAAGAAGUAAGACGAAAAAUUAUAAGCGAUCUGCAAGAAAUGUGGUUUUUUAUGACUGAAGAAUUAUAUAGAUUCAAGAAAUCUAUUGACCUCUCAAAACUUGGCGUAGAUGAUGAAAUAAGUGCAAUAAUAAAUCAAUUUAACGAAUACAAACAUUAUUUAUCAAUAAAUAUUGCUAAAUUAACGCGAUUUGAUGGUUAUAAUUUGUGGCGCAAAACAGAGGCAAUCGAACUUUCUCAAAUGGUCCAGCAGCGUUUCAGGUUUGUGGAAGUUAUUUUAUUUUAA